CUCCUAUGUGCGCGGGAGUUACAUAGGGCUGUUCCGUGGGAAGGGUUCUCCUUUAUGCGGGGAAGAAAUUGCUUGUUGUAGUAGUAUGCUAUCUGGUAGUUAUCCCAAGGCAGAGGUUUCAAAAGUAAGCCUCGAUUUGACUUGUUCGGGAGGACUACAACCAGUCAAUACAGUCCUGAUUUGGUCGAUGGGCUUGCACCUUCUUGAAGAGUCCUGGUCAGUGCUUGAUAGAAAAUAUAUAGGUAUAUGGAAACUUAUCAACGAGAAUCGGAACGAUUUCCAUGAUUCAUCCAAACUUGCAGAGAUUAUUAGGGAAGCAUGGGAUACAAUGAAAGGUGUAGAUUUAGAGAGCAGCACCGUCCUGUCAGGUGGAGCUGAAGCUACACCCCAAGAGAUUAGGCCUAACUUAGUGAAUACGUUCGAUCUGCUGAAAGAAGCCAGAGAUGCUAUCUUGCCCAAGAUUUUGACAAAUCCAAGAGAGGCUACUGGGGACCUAGCCACCCUGGUGUUCAAACUCCGUGAAACUCUGAAGGCAUGCAAAGAUAACCACCAGCAUGCUUUUCUGAUCACAAUGACCCAAGGCCUAGGCUAUGACAAAAGUCAAAUGCAUUUCAGAAGCACUUUGACGCAAGAACAAUUGAGUAAUUUUUGUACUGGUCUUGAAGUGGCUUUCCAAGCUUUCUGCCGUUAUGCUUCUGAUGGCAAAAUGCAGCUUGAGGCAUACCUAGUUCAACUUGCACUCGAGCCACCAUUUGGUGACAAGGGAUCAUCAACUGACCGUCUCAUGAGAGUUAGUGUUGCCUUGGAAGACUUUCAGUGUGAAAUAAGCCAAGAAAUCAAUGAAGCACGCAAUCGGUUCCUUCCAACAGAAGACUGGCCUGGCCUCACCGUCAUCCUUGAAAAGCUCAUGAAUGGCGACAGAGAUGCGAUCAAUAAGAAACCAGAACCAAUCAUCAUCGAGGACAUUGAGCAUAUCCAUUCAAACCUUAUACCCACAGCAAAGACUGCUCAGCUUGGCAGUAAAUUUCUGAAUGUUUCCGAGAAAGAGAAAAGAGAACCGCCACAAGCCCGCCAACGAGCACUGCUUGAACAGCUGGGUUUGCUGGACUUUUAUCCACGCAAGAUCAAACUAAAUCAUGUAAUUGCCAUCAAUAAAGGCAAUAAACUGCAACAGGACAAAUUUGAUCUGGUUGACAUCCCUUUGGCUAUAUUAAGGCGGUUUAUUAUGAUCGAUUAUCGGGGGAGAAAUACUGCUUGGGAAAGGCAGCUCACAGGUGAUACCAGUAGCGGACAUGUCGAUGAUGACUUUCUGAAUAGCAUCAUGGCAGGCUUUGAUGAUGGGUCAACAAGUGAGAACAUUCCCAAUCCACUAGAUAUUUUCUUAGCUACAUUUAGCUGCUGCGAUUUGAUGUUGUGUCAGGUCAUACUUGAAAAAAUGAACAUGUGUCGUCUUGCUGUUCCAUUUGUCAUGCCCACUUCGUCGCAUGGAACAAACCUGACUCUCUGCCUGUGGUCCCUGAGGAGUAUUGUUGUUGAGUGUGCAAAUGAGAGCACGGCCGAGUCUGCAUUGGUUGAGUGUCCAAUGAAGGUUGUUUCCUUCGUCAGAAUUGGGGAAUCGUCACUUUCAAAGUCACAGCUACUGAAUGAAGUACUCAAUGGACAAAGUCAUCACACCUUUUUCAGUAAAGAAUCGUGUAGUUUAGGAACUUCUGCGAGAACAAUAUCUUGUGGCCUAAUUGAGGCCGCAUGGUAUCUUCCUAGUCGGAAAGAGAGUGACAUAUUGGAUAGUGUAACAAUGUUUCUUAACCUGCGGGGGAAUGCCUUCAGCUUCAAAAGACAACUAUCCCUGAUAAGUUCAAUAUCCGCAGUUGUGACUGUGGUUGUCGACAUGGAUUCCCUUGGUAAGUCCGACACGAUUGCGGCAUUGCACACAAUGUUCCAAAGCAAAGUUAAAGCUAUUCUUCUCCUUACAAGCUGUUCCAGUGCACCAAACAUGCAAACAGUGCGACAACAACUGAGAGCAUUCAUAGAUGCCAUCGGUGAAAGCAACAUGGCAUCACUUACAACUGUGUUUUGCUUCAAGGCUGGGAAACAAAAGACACUACCCGAGAUAAGACAUGAAAUUCACCAAAAGCUGUCAGCGAUUUCAAAGGCAAGCGAUCACAUCACAAUGGAGAACAUUGUCGUCCAAUCAGAAGCGUUAUUGAUAGACAUUGACGAAAAUGAUCAUUUCUGUGACCAAGGAAAACAAUUUGCCACGAGUAUCCUGGUACAUACAAGCAAUAUGUCACUCACUGACGUAAAGUCAAAGCUUCUCCCAAUACAGAAAGACAUUUGGCCCCAGUGGAGCAAAUUGCUGAAGAAGCAACACCGAACAACGGGAAAGGACCGCAAGACCCCUUCUGCCACUGAGGAAGAACAGCUGGGACACAAGAUGGCACGAUUGAGAGCAGAGCAGCUCGAUCGGUGUCGAACGCUUACCCCAUUACUUAAAGCAUUCAUAGAUAUACUUUGUCAAACCAUUGAAAACGCAGAUCUAGUCCAAAUGGUUCUUCAGUGGCUGAAGUUGUACUUUGACAAAAAAUCACGGGAUGAUUUGCCGGGUCUUAGAAAACAAUACAACAAACUUUGGGCUGAACUGAAGGCUGCGAAAGGAAAGACAGUAAAUGACCCGAAGUCUGUCAAGGAAUUGGAAGAAAGAGUACGAAGUGCCGAGAUCAGUUUGGCUGAGGCGUCCUGUGGGCUUGAACACCUCCUCCGAGAAGUAGGUCAGCUUUAUGAGGCCAGCAAAGAUAGCAAUGUCCCCUUGGCUCCAAAUACCCAGAGGGUGAUAGAUCAGCUCCCGAUGAUAGCUGCUAAACUGAUUCUUCUUGGCCACCCAAUAGAGUUUAUGGACGGAGAUGCUGCAAACGUCCCUCUGACAUGGGUUCAGGCAAUAUUAACAAAUCUUGCCUCUCUAACAGGAGAGAAGCGAGUUUUUGUCCUGUCGGUCCUUGGAAUCCAGAGUUCAGGCAAAUCAACAUUGUUGAACACCAUGUUUGGUCUCAGAUUUGCAGUGAGUGCGGGUAGAUGUACAAGAGGUGUGUACGUUCAGCUUGUCGAAGUAGACAGAUCGGAGACAGGUUUACCUUUUGACUACAUCAUGGUUGUGGACACGGAGGGUCUUCGGGCCCCUGAACUCUGUCACGAUAAACACGAGCAUGACAAUGAACUGGCUACCCUCGCGAUUGGGCUAGGGGAUGCCGUGUUUUUGAACAUCAAGGGGGAAAAUAUGGCAGAAAUGAAAGAUGUCCUCCAGAUUGCUGUGCAUGCAUUUCUGCGCAUGAAAGUUGUCAAUGUAGAUAUCAAACUCCAACAGACAUGCGUGUUCAUUCAUCAGAAUGUUUCCGCUGCAAACGCUAAACAGAAAAUGGUACAUGGUCGACAAAGUCUGUUAGAUAAUCUUGAUAAGAUGGCGAAAGAAGCUGCUGAUCUUGAGAGGUUGAAGGGUAUACAGUCAUUUAGCCAAGUAAUUGACAUUGAUGUCAACAAAUCGGUGUGGUAUUUUUCUGAUCUCUGGCAAGGGGACCCACCCAUGGCUCCAACAAAUCCAGGAUACAGUGAGAGUGUCCAGAGUGUAAAGGAAUAUCUCUUAUAUGAGGUAUCAAAACAGAAAGAGAGCAAUUUCCUUUCCGUGUCAAACCUGAAGAAACGAAUUCAAGAUAUCUGGAAAGGAAUUCUUGCUGAUGAUUUUGUUUUCAGUUUUAGGAACAGCUUGGCAGUCAAGGCAUACAGUGGGCUUGAGGACAAGUACCAAGAAGUUGCAUGGGUUAUCGAACAGAGUGUCAUGAAGUGGUAUUCAGAAACCGCAUCAAUCAAACUUAAACGGUGUGAAACAGAAGAAGCACUUGAAACUACAACAGCCGAUUUGCUCAACGAACUUGAAACCUUGGUUGAAGACCACACUGCAGAACAACAGAGGGAACUUGAAGAAUUCUUUCAGAAAAAUCCUCUGCAAGAAAUAAUAAUUCAGUGGAAAGCGGAGAAGGCCGGUUCUCUGCAGACCUUCGCUGAUCAGAUAGUGCGAGAGACAAAGACUGCCAUUUGCCAGAAGAAAGGCAUUUUGGUGUUUGAACUAAACAACCGCACCAAGCAGGACCAACUCAGCCAGAUCAUUGUGGUAAAGGCAUCACAGUUGGCGGACGAUAUGAAGGGGAAAUCGUACGAUGAGGGGGAAUUGCGCCCGAAAUUUAAUGAAAUGUGGACUCGAUGGAUUUCAGAACUUGCACCACCCAUUCCACCCUCAGAAAUACCCAUUUCUGUUAUAGUAGAGUCAAUACUUUGGGACCGACUGAGGGCAUAUUCACCAGCACUAAGGAUAGAACUAAAAAAACAUCGCUUGGAUAAAUCAUUGGGGACAAAUAAACUGUCCGGAAGCUUUAGCGUCACACAACUAGCUUCUAAUGACAUAUCUGAAAAAAGGACUAUCACAUCAAGGGUGACAUCGACAAUUUUCGGUGAUGGUGGAAGAUGGGAUACAUGCAAGCAUCAUAUCCUGGUCAUUGUUCAGAAAGCAUUUGGAAAGAUCGAUGUGUACUUGAACAACCUACUGUCAAAAGACACAGGUUUUCAACAAAGUUUCGCAACCGUUGUAAUCAAAAUGGUAACGGAUGAAGUCAAAAAACACACCAGAAUGAACGCCGAACGUGAUGAAUUUACAUUGACAUCUACAUUCAUUGUGAAACUAGCAGUACAUGUAUGUCGCCAUGCCGUUGCUGUUUUCACGAAGCUGAGUGGGGAUUACAUUAAGAGACACAGUCAAGCGACAAAGUUGCAAGAGUUCAACGAAACCGCAUUCAAUAUGUUUUGGAACAAGGUCAAAAACUGUACAAAUGAGAGGAUAGCAGCAGAUCUCUUCUUUGAUCGACUAAAAGAGCUCAUAAAAACAAAGAUAGAAGAGAGCAUGCCCUUUGCAGUAAUCGAUGAUACUUGCACACACUUUGUUAAAAAGUACCACUUGAUCAUAGCUAUCCUAGAGGAACUAGCCAACACGGGAAACUUUGACAACUUCAAGUCCUACAUACAGGACUCCAAGGUCCACGCACUCAAAUGGCUCACAACUCACAUCAAUCGUAAAUUCUUUCUCCGCCAGAAUGGAGUGCAAACCAAGUAUGCAGAAAUGGCCGAGGUGCAGCUAAAGCAAAUCAUUAAAGGGGUGAAGGAGGGUAUAAGGUACGCUUCCAAUCGUCUACAAGAUGAGGAGGCUGGAAAUAUGCAACAGUGGUUGAAGUACUUUUGUGACGGGGUUGAAUCUGUCCUGCCUGUUCGAGAGCUACAGAUGAUAACUGUCACCCAGCAGGGUGUCAGCGACCUGUCCAACUUCCAGAAUCUUCUUCUUGAUCAAGACCGCUUGACCUUGUUAGAGCAUCACAUACUAGAGAGUUUCCAGGCCCAAACAGAUGCUAUAAAAUGGAAAGGAAUGACGCCUUACCAAAAGGUUCUCGACAGGUUAUGGGGAUGCGGGGCACAGUGUCCUUUCUGUAAUGAACCUUGUCAGUGGAUGGAUCCAGAUCACUGGAAUGGAAGGGACAAAAAAGUGAGUCACCAAUGCAUCCAACAUCGCCCAGGGGCGAUAGGAGGAGAUCGCUGGGACUCGGAUUGCUGUGUCGACCAUAAUCAGCAGAGAAUGUACAAAGACCAACUGAGCACAGAAUCAUGUCAUUAUUCCGUCCAAUGGAAAGACGUAUUGUUUAGCUGUAGAGAUGCACAUUACGAGUGUCGUAAACAGAAUAGGUGUACUUGUACUGAUACAGGGCGUGGUGAAUAUCAUACUUGGGUGGAUUACAAAAGUGUCCUGCCUGACUGGGACAUAGCUCCUAGCUCCACUAACGAAAAUGCAAAGUACUGGAUGUGGUUCUUGAAGACGUACAAAUAUCAGCUCAAAGAUCUUUAUAAAGCCAAGCUUCCUAACAUCCCUAAAUCAUGGGAGUCUAUUACCAAAGACAAGGCAAUUGAAAGCCUGAGGGUGUCGUUUUAAUGCAAUAUCCCCCCCCCCCGCAUAUUUCUGACCAUCAGUCAGGCCAGUGUGUUGGUGUGUAGCUGGUAGCUGGGCGUACCACAUGUACAAUGACAGAAGAACCAGGUUUGGGGUUGAAACCAUGUUAUGACAACCAUAGACCCCCCCCCCCCCCCCGACCACAAUAUAUAUAGUUAGUAGUUAGAGUCACAGGGAUGCCUCUGUCAUAGGCAAAUAGAGGGAUGCAAGUACUGGAUACAUUGUACGAUUUAGCUGUAUAUUAUGUGAGAUUUACUGUCCACUGUAUAUCCAAUCUAAGAUUUAGCUUUUACCGUGUGGGAUGGUGUGUUGAUAGCCAGAUGCCAUUGAAAGGAAUAAUGAUAUCACUUGAUCAUUGAUAGUUUCUAUUACAAGUGAAUAAAAAAGGGAUGAUAUUAUUUUCAGUUCAAGGCAAUGAAAGAAGUGCAUGCAGGGACUACAUGUAUGCAACGUAUAUAAUAAUCCACUAUGUAUACUUUUUAUGUAUAGUAUUAUAUCAUUAUUAGUUUUCAGUGUACAUGUUGUAAGGCACCAUAUGCCCACCAAGGAUUUUAAACAUUGAUGAAUUGAUCACUAACUCAUUUCCUGUUACUGUAAAGUGCUCAAUUUUUACAGGCGUUUUAUUUUGAAGAUUUCGUGAAUAAGCUACAUUUGAGAUUUCCAAUUAAAAGCGGGAAAAUAUUUUUUCCAGAUUUUUUUUGAGAAGCGCAACAAUGAUAAUAAAUAGGGGCAAAAACUGGCAGUUGAGUAACAGAACUGUGUGAAUUUUAACCCUUGAAGCUCCAUGAUGGUCACGCACUUUUAAUAAAGUUUUUAAAAGGCGUUUUCCCAUAAAAAUUUUACCAUCUACAUGCUCAUAACUUUUCUCGAGACGUACCCUAGGAGGAAAGUUUCACAGCCAAAUAGACCUAUCCUAGCCUGUGAAAUUUUCUUUGAACAUUAUGCAUGAUAAUUUCUGGGUUUGGGGGUUUGAAGUUAGAGGGUUGAUUUUUGACGGCCGGCUUUUAACUCGCAAAUCAGUUUUUUCACUACGACGGGUUAAAUAGAGCCUCAAAGACUGAAACUUUUUCACACCUCUUAUUCACAAUUCAAGAAGAAGCAUACUUUGAACGGAAAUUACCCUUCAACUGGUAUGGUGAGACCACUAUAGAUCUCAAACUGAACUAUUUUCAAAGGAAUAUCUUAUCAUUUUCAAUUGAAAGAAAAGGGCGAUGCCUUAAUACAGUUCCAUUGUAAAGUGAGAUUUACUGUCCACUGGCACUGUAUAUCCAAUCUAAGAUUUAGCUUUUACCGUGUGAGAUGGUGUGUUGAUAGCCAGAUGCCAUUGAAAGGAAUAAUGAUAUCACUUGAUCAUUGAUAGUUUCUAUUACAAGUGAAUAAAAAAGGGAUGAUAUUAUUUUCAGUUCAAGGCAAUGAAAGAAGUGCAUGCAGGGACUACAUGUAUGCAACGUAUAUAACAAUCCAUUAUGUAUAAUUUUUAUGUAUAGUAUUAUAUCAUUAUUAGUUUUCAGUGUACAUGUUGUAAGGCACCAUAUGCCCACCAAGGAUUUUAAACAUUGAUGAAUUGAUCACUAACUCAUUUCCUGUUACUGUAAAGUGCUCAAUUUUUACAGGCGUUUUAUUUUGAAGAUUUCGCGAAUAAGCUACAUUUGAGAUUUCCAAUUAAAAGCGGGAAAAUAUUUUUUCCAGAUUUUUGGAGAAGCGCAACAAUGAUAAUAAAUAGGGGCAAAAACUGGCAGUUGAGUCAACAGAACUGUGUGAAUUUUAACCCUUGAAGCUCCAUGAUGGUCAUGAUAUUCUCGAGACGUACCCUAGGAGAAAAUUUUCACAGCCAAAUAGACCUAUCCUAGACUGUGAAAUUUUCCUUGAACGUUAUGCAUGAUAAUUUCUGGGUUUGGGGGUUUGAAGUUAGAGGGGUGAUUUUUGAUGGCUGGCUUUUAACUUGCAAAUCAGUUUUUUCACUACGAUGGGUUAAAUAGAGCCUCAAAGACUGAAACUUUUUUACACCUCUUAUUCACUAUUCAAGAAGAAGUAUACUUUGAAUGGAAAUUACCCUUCAACUGGUAUGGUGAGACCACUAUAGAUCUCAAACUGAACUAUUUUCAAAGGAAUGUCUUAUCAUUUUCAAUUGAAAGAAAAGGGCAAUGCCUUAAUACAGUUCCACUCUACAAAAAGGCAUCGCACAAUUAUCUGGUUUCUAUUGUAAGUGAUUAGCAGCCUUCAUUUUAAAGUGAGGCUUGAAAGGAAUUAGCAUUAUUAUUGUUUUGGAAGAAAUGGAUGAUUACACUUAUACUACAAAUCAUUCUUUUUUUGAUUUGUUGAUUGUUUGUAAGAGAGAUAUAUACAUGUUAUAUUUUAUCAUAUUCUGUUGCAAGAAUUCCCAUUUCCAUUGGAGGAAAGAUACCAUAUUUUGGAAUACUGUCAACCUUUGUACCAAUUUUUGCAGAACAGGUCAAAGAUGCUAAAUUGAUUUUCCGGGUUACUGUAAAUAUUUUGUUCAAAUCAGAAGGUGAGACGGUGUCAAUAUCUCUGUCCACUGAAUAAAUGGUGCGAAAUGUAUUUUCUGGGCAUCUGAGAGCUGUAGUUACAGCAGAAAUAGUUUUUCAUUUCUUGGGGAGAGGCGCUCUGAAAAUUUGCUCGCCAACGAAAAGAGUGUGCAUUAGAGGCACUUGCCACAUCCUUUUUAAAUCCGUGACUGAUUUAUCAGUUCGCCAGGUUUGGAAAGGCUAGAAGAGUGACUUUUCACAUGCUUUGGCAUGAAAGGGAUGAUGUCAUUUCCAUUAUAAGAAAGGGGAGGAUGUUAUCACAAGUUGAUAUUAGAAAAGUAUGAAUAGUUUGUUAUUAAUUUCAUUGCAAGCAUGGUAUAUAUUCCGCUUCCAUUUUUUUAUUUCAAGACGUGGGUUAUGUUAUCACAAAUUUAUGUUCACAAAUUGUAAUCAGUUUAAUUACAAGGAAGUUUUCAUUACAAGAAAAAGGGAUGUUAUCACAAUUUUGUACUACAAGAAAGCUUAUUAAGAUUACUGUUUCGUUUUAGGAGAGACGUGAUUAUAUGUACAGCACAAGUAGUUUUAACUGAAAAAAACCCAAGGCGAAUCAAUACUACAUAGCAUCUCCUUAUACUUUAAGCCUAGAGGCGAUUUUGGCCGAAUGGUUUCAAAAAGUGUAUUAAGGAGUAGUGAUAAGCUAGUGGAAGGUUGACGAUAUUUCAACUUCUAUAGCAAGAGAGUAAUAACUUUACGAGAUUUUAUUGUAGGAGGAAUUACACAUUUAGCUACCAGAGGUUUUCAACAAAAUAGCCAUAUUCCUAAAUUUAAAGGUACAUGUACAUCGUUUCAAGAUCGACUGCAGUGCCAUCUCGCAAUAAGGCGAAAACAGAAUGACUUUUCACGAGAUGCUGUAGGAACUUUUCGCCAAGAUUACAGAAUUUGCCUCAGGUAUAUAAGUUACCCAUGUUCUACAGAGGGUGAAAUCAGUGAUUAGUAGCUAAAAGGGUUGACAAGAUCGUGUUUUCAUUGUAAGAAUAGAAUUACAUGUUUUAUGUUUUUAUUGUUUCCUGUGUAAAAGAUGAUCCUAUCAUCCGAUUGCAUUCUGAAGAAGAUGCAGAGAUGAUGCUAUAAUAAGUUUGCAUUCUGAAGAGGAUGUUUUCAGACUUGAUGUCGAGUCAGUAUACAAACCUCCUAAGGGGCAGUCCAUUACAAGACAAGUCCUGUGGAGGGUCAGGGCACACUCUUAAAAUUUAUUAGUAAAACGAACAACUAAUCUGGUACAUUGUAGUUCCUAUUGUACCAACAGUGAAAUUAGUAAAACGUGUAGUAAAAGAUAAUCACUAAAAUGGUUAAGAAUUCGAUAGUUAAAGCUUAUUUGUUAUUUUACAGUCGGUGCAAUAGGAACUACUUCGUAUCGGAGUGGUGAAAAUGAGUUAUUUUUUGAGUGCAAUCUCCAAGCAGAUCAAAGGAUAUUCUCUCUGCUAACUCAGAUUUCCACCAUACCAAGUGGUAAUGGGUGUGUCACAGGCAUGUGGCGGUACGAGCAUAAACAGGUCAAUUAGCAAUGAUGUGGCAUGCGCACUAAUGUGCGACUCCAAUAUGUGACAGUUCGAACAAAGUUGAAGGCCCGUUUCCACCACAGCGGGUGUAGUCAUGAUUUUCCGAUUUUCACAGGCUGUUGAUGUCCAAUAACAAUAAUUAAUGCCAGACAUUGCAACAACCUAUAUCUGUUGGAUUUAUGUGUUUUCUAUAUACAAAAAACGAGUUUCUCACGAUUUCUGCUGUGGUGGAAAUAGGCGUUCGUACUGUGGCAACAUGUUUGAGCCAGUUACGGAAUGAUACACAUAGGCCAAUACAGAUAUUGACUUAUUGUGCAGGUGCCCCUCAACUGGCUCAAACAAGUUAACACAUUAUUUUGAUAAAUCCAUCUAUCCAUUGGCUUUCUGUAAGAUGCUGGC